ACCCUGUCCCCAUCAUCUGCCGUUUUUUCAUCAUUUUCAUCAUCUUUCUGUCUGCUACAUGUCAUAUAUGAAGAAAACUUUGCUGCAUCAUUCUUUUAGCAAUAAACAAGAAUAAAAAACAAUACAUCCACCGUAUCCCGCGGUGCAUCGAUCCUCGCCCACCCAUGGAGGCCGGGGCCGGUCUCGCCGUAGUGGCCGUUUGCUCCGUCCCGGCCAUCGUCGGAUUUGUCUCCCAGCUUCGGUCACCGUCUGUCAAGGAGAACUUCUACGAGGACAAGGACGGGAACAGUACGCCCGAGGCCAACGCCACCUUCUCCAACAGGUGGCCCAAGGUCUUGAUCGUCCUCCUCGCCGCUCUCGGUUCUGCUUCUUCGUUGGCCGUCGCUAUAUUGUCUACCGUUGACCGGCAGGACGUGCUUCUUGCCGAUGGGCUUCUUUCUGCUGCGUGGAUUCUGCUCGUCGUCCAAGCCGCCUGUAUCGCUGCCACGCACGACUCGGUCCACGCCUACAAUGUUGGCUUGUGGGCCUGGGUCAGCAGCUUGGUCUUAGGCCUGGUCUUGCUGAUCCAAGGCACUUCUGUCCUGACCCGUCUUCUACCCCAUCACCCCAUCUCCUUUGCCCUGAGGAUUCUCACUCUGGUUGCCGUCCUGGGCUUCUCUGCCACGAGUGUGUCACUAGCCCGACGGCCGGACGUCUAUCUGGACGGUGCUCUUGUUGAUCGCAUGUACACUGUGCCGGCAUACAGCCGCUUUACCUUCAGCUGGUGCGACCCCUUGAUCAAGACCGCCAGAGAGAAGAAGGAUCUCGAAGUAGUCGAUCUUCCUCGUCCCGGCCAUACAACUCGCGCCUCGGAUAUCUCUGCGCGUUGGAAAACGGUCAACCAAAACGCCAACUCCGCGCUUUGGCUCCGUGUUCUUUGGUUUUUCCGGUGGGCCGUCCUAGCCCAGUGGUCUCUCGCCCUCUUCAGGAGCUUUGUCUCCUUCGUGCCUUACUGGGUCACUCUCCAGAUCUUGAGGGCUCUGGAGAAGAGACAGUCGGGGACACAGCUUGAUAUCGAGACCUGGCUUUUGGUCUUCUGGCUUGGCUUUUCCAUCUUGGCCGAUGCUUGGCUGAGCGCCGUCAUGUUCUGGGUGUCGUGGUCGGAACUGCUGGUCCCGGUUCGAAAUCUCCUAUCUGCCAUCAUUGUCGAGAAAUCCAUGCGGCGAAAGAAUGUCAAGUCGGUCAGUAAAUCCGACACCGACACCAACACCGACACCAACACCGACACCGACGCCGAAGCCGAUGGCGAGUCCACGAAUCAAGGCAAACCCGGGGACGACGAGGACGAGGAUGGACCAAGCCUCAAAUCCCAACAGGCCAUCGUCAAUCUGAUCGGUGUCGACGCCAAGCGAGUGUCCGACUUUGCCGCCUAUCAGCUUUUCUUCCCCAGCAGCAUUGCCAGGUUUGUCAUCGGCAUCUGCUUCCUCGUUUCGCUCUUGGGUUGGAUCCCUGUUCUCGCCGGCCUCGGCGCCCUGGCUCUCAUCACGCCGUUGAACAUCUACUUCACCAAGCUCUACACCGGUGCGCAAGACCGACUGAUGAAACUCAGGGACCAAAAGCUGGCCCUCGUCAACGAGUGUCUUCUAGGCAUGCGCCAGAUCAAGUUCUCUGCCCUGGAAGCCCAGUGGGGCGGCCGUAUCCAUGAUAUGAGGGAAAAGGAGCUCAAGGCCAUCUGGGACGCCUUCAAGGCCGAUUCCGCCCUUUAUGGCUCGUGGGUCGGGAGCCCUAUCGCCCUCGCCGCCGCCUCUCUCUCUGUCUACGCCUUGAUCCAUGGUAGUCUGACGCCGUCUGUUGCCUUUGUGAGCAUCAGCGUCUUCAAAUCACUUGAGCUUGCUCUGUCCAUUCUCCCGGAACUCACAACCGAUCUCAUCGACGCCAAAGUCUCCAUCGGUCGGAUCGAGGAAUUCACAAAGGCACCCGAAAUCACCCAGAUCGUGACCCAUGGCGACGGUGUCUCGUUUGAAGGUGCGGACAUUGCUUGGCCCGCUGACGACGAGGAGACCGAUGAAUCCGAGAGAUUCGUGCUGCGCAACGUCACCGCAGAAUUCCCCUCCGGCGAGCUGUCGGUCGUGUCGGGCAAGACGGGAGCGGGUAAGAGCCUGCUUUUGGCUGCCAUCCUGGGGGAAGCGGACCUUCUCUCGGGCAAGAUCUACGUGCCGAAGCCGCCUUCGACCGACGAGCGCCACGACGAUAAAGCAAACCGAGGCAACUGGAUUCUUCCCACCAGCAUCGCCUUUGUUGCUCAGAUCCCCUGGAUCGAGAACGCCACCCUGCGAGACAACAUCCUCUUCGGCCUCCCCCUGGACGAGGACCGCUAUAGCGAGACCAUCAGGGCCUGUGCCCUGCAAAAGGACCUGGACAUGCUGACGGACGGCGACCAGACGGAGCUUGGCGCCAACGGAGUCAACCUCAGCGGAGGCCAGAAGUGGCGCGUCACCCUCGCGCGGGCCGUGUACUCCAGAGCGGGCAUCCUCAUCCUCGACGACAUCUUCAGCGCCGUCGACGCCCACGUCGGCCGCCAUAUUUUCGAGAAAUGCCUCACCGGACCCCUGUGCAAAGGAAGGACGCGGAUCCUGGUCACGCACCACGUCGGUCUUUGCGCGCCCAAGACGAACUUCGUCUUGGAGCUCGGCGACGGCACUGUACAGCGCGCUGUCCGGACCUCCGAGAUGGACGGAGACGACGAUACCCUGCGUCUGAUCGAGCAAGAUGUCCAGCCCCAGCGGACGGGGACGGGGACGGGGACCGGGGCGGAAGAUGAAGAUGGAGAACCCAUGGCAAUGAACUCGGAGGCCGGCGGCAGCGCGCUCCAGAAGGUACCCUCCAAAGCGGCCCGGCAAUUUAUCGAGGAAGAAUCGAAAGAGCAGGGCGCGAUCAAGAAGCAUGUCUACGCGGCGUAUCUGCGGGAUAGUGGCGGAUGGUCCUGGUGGACAAUGUCCGCCUUCUUCUUCAUCGCCUUCGAGGCUAUGACACUCGGCCGCUCAUGGUGGCUCAGGAUCUGGACGGGCAAUAACCAACAAGAGGCACUGGAUCUGAACGCCCACGACGCCCACAACGCCCACGGAGCCGCCUAUGCUGCUAGUCUCCAGCACACCAUGCACCACGUCCCGCCCAAUCCCGUCCACAUAACCGAAGCCCGCAGCGUCGAAUUUUACUUGGGAAUCUAUGUAGCCAUCUCAGCCGCAGCCGCCGUUCUCGGCGUUGUCCGGAUGCUUUUCCUCUUCGUGAUGAGCCUCAAGGCUUCCCGACGCAUCUUCCACAACAUGACCUACACGGUCCUCCGGGCCCCUCUGAGGUGGCUCGACACCGUGCCUGUUGGUAGGAUUCUCAACAGGUUCACGGCGGAUUUCAACAUCAUCGACAGCAGAAUCGCCGUGGACAUUGCCCUGACACUCAACAGUGUUCUCAGCGUCGUCGGCAUCUGCAUUGCUGCCAUCUUCGUCUCCCCUUACAUCAUUCUGCUCGCCUUCGCCCUCCUCCUCGCGUGCGUCCGCGUGGCCGUCAGCUACUUGGACGCAGCACGGCCGAGCAAACGCCUCGAGAGCACAACCAAGUCGCCCAUCUUUGAAGUAUUCGGCUCGGCCCUGGCCGGUGUCACCACCAUCCGGGGUUUCGACAAGGCCAAUACGUACGUCCAGGCCCUGUACACCAAGACGGACGACUACGGCAUGGCAACCUGGUACCUGUGGCUCUUCAAUCGCUGGAUGGGGUGGCGCAUGUCCAUUCUGGGUGCCAUCUUCUCCGUCGUCGUGGCCAUCAUGAUCCUCGGCUCUUCGAGGAUGGACGCCGCACUGGCUGGCUUCACCCUAUCUUUCGCCCUGGAGUUUUCCGAGAGCGUCCUCUGGGCCAUCCGAAACUACGCGAGCAUCGAGUUGGACAUGAACGCCGCAGAACGCGUCGUGGAGUACGCCGAACUGCCGACGGAGGACCAAGGCGGGGAGGAUCCGCCCGCAACCUGGCCGUCCGAAGGCAGGCUGGAGAUCAACGACCUCGUCGUCAGUUACGCAGACGACUUGCCACCCGUCCUCAAGGGGCUGACCUUCCACGUCGAGGGGAAGGAGAGGGUCGGCGUGGUGGGACGGACGGGCGCCGGGAAAUCAUCCCUGACGCUCGCCAUUUUCCGGUUCCUGGAAGCGCGGUCCGGCACCAUCCACGUAGACGGCGUCGACGUCGCCAAGAUCAAGCUCCAGCAGCUGCGUUCUCGCCUCGCCAUCAUCCCCCAGGAUCCCGUCCUGUUCUCCGGCACCGUCCGCUUCAACCUCGACCCGUUCGACGAGCGCACCGAUGACGAGCUCUACGAGGCCCUACGGCGCGUCCACCUUCUCGAUUCGUCACCCGGUACGCCGCCGCCCGGUGAAUCGUCACCGUCAUCAUCGUCAUCAUCGUCAUCAUCCGCCCCGGACCCUGCCCCCGAGCCCGCCACGCCGACGCCGAGGAGCACGAACACCAACCCCUUCCGCAGCCUCUCCUCGCCCGUCGCGGAAGGCGGCCUCAACCUUUCCCAGGGCCAACGCCAGCUCCUCUGCCUGGCGCGCGCCAUCCUCUCCCGACCCAAGGUCAUGGUGCUGGACGAGGCCACGUCGGCGGUCGACAUGGCGACGGACGCGCUUAUCCAGCGCUCCAUCCGCGAGGAGUUUAUGGAGUCGACGCUCCUGGUCAUCGCGCAUCGGCUUAGCACCAUUGCUGACUUUGAUCGCAUUCUGGUGCUGAGUGAGGGGCAAGUCGCGGAGUUUGGCGCGCCGAGGGAAUUGUGGGAGAAGGGGGAAGGUGGCGUGUUUAGGGGUAUGUGUGAGGAGAGUGGCGAGAAGGAAAAGUUGAAGGAUAUUCUUUAUGGUUCGGAUGGUAAAUAGACUGUCGUUUGCCUUUUUUUCUUUUCUUUUUUCGACAAUGUUGAGCAUUCAGAAUGCAUCAUCAUAUCGUCUCGGCUUGGCUUGGAUCAUAGCCGCUUCUUCAUCAAAAGUUUGGUCUUUUAUAUAUACUGGACUCUGGCCCUCUUAGGCAACACAACGUCACUUGGUUCAUAUGCGAAGCGGUGGCUUUGUUUCUCCAGAGCGACAUAAUUCUAGAUGUGAGAUAAGAAAAUAACCGUAGCAAUACCCGCCCUCCAUCCCAUGGCUCAGGGGAUAAGGGGUAUACCCAUAUUCCCAGGGAGGUCGCAGGAGGAGACAAGAGGAGACAAGAGGUUGCUUUGAAUCAAGCCAGCACUGAAAAACACAUAACCGCUUCGUCUUGGCAGAAUUCGCUAUCCAGCCCUCUGCCAUGAGCCUACUAACUG